AUGUUGCCCAAAUGGACUCCACUCGUUCUCCUAAACAAAUUCUAUUUGGAGAACUACCCUCUGAAAGGACAUGCUAUGGUGCUAAAAAGAGAUGGAGAGAUGCAGUGUCAAAUGACUGGAAAAACAUGGAUGUGUUCGAGGCAAAUUGGUCCACCCUCGCUCAAGGGAGAGGACGGCGAACCAGGCAAGAAAGGAGACAAAGGCGAGUCAGGACCACAAGGAGAGCAAGGCCCCAAAGGAGAAGUCGGACUCGAUGGUCCUCCAGGGCCAGAUGGCAAGGAAGGAAAUAAAGGAGAUCCUGGAGAGCAAGGAAUAAAGGGCGAGAAAGGCAGUUUGGGAAACGAUGGCGGUAAGGGAGAUAAGGGAGAGCCUGGAGUGAAAGGAGAAACUGGUGUUGGUAUCCAAGGGCAACCGGGUGAACCCGGUAUCAAUGCUAUUAGCGAGAAAGGAGAGCCUGGACCUCAAGGACCAAAAGGAGAGCCCGGAACAUUAAUAAACGGAUCCAAAGGCGAACCAGGACAGCCAGGUGAACGCGGACCACCCGGACAAAAAGGCGCACAAGGAACAAAAGGGGAUGACGGCGAAAUAUGUGAAGAUGGAUUUCCAGGAGAGAAAGGAGACAAGGGAGGUCAAGGCGACGACGGUGAAAAAGGCGAGAAGGGAUUCGAAGGUUCGGAUGGUCCACAGGGACCCAUAGGUCCUAAAGGAGAACCAGGAGUACCAGGGGAUCGGGGGCCGGAGGGUCUGCCCGGUUUUGCAAAUGAAUCGAAAGGAGACAAGGGCGAUAAAGGAGAGCCUGGAAUUGAUGGCUUUUUUGGAUUUGAUGGAUUACCGGGUGACAAGGGGGAUAAAGGAGUUCCAGGUUCUGACGCAAUAGCUGUGAUUGGAUCGAAAGGAGAUAGAGGUCCAAAGGGAGAGCCUGGGCAGAAAGGGACAGAUGGUAAUGAUGGUACACCUGGACUACAAGGAGAGCCUGGUCCUAAAGGUGAAAUAGGUCUUUGCAAUGAAUGUUCGCCAGGCGAUGAUGGACCACAAGGAGUGCGUGGAGUAAAGGGAGAUAAGGGGCAACCAGGAGAGAAAGGUGAUGUUGGACCAGAGGGACCAGAGGGGGUGAAUGGGACAGCUAUUAAAGGAGAGAAGGGUCAACGAGGACAACGUGGUUUUAGAGGGCUUAAAGGUGAAUCAGGAAUUCCUGGUCGUGAUGGUCCACCUGGAAAUGUACAAAUGCCUCCAAUGGAUGAAACGACUCUUGAGCCUCCGACAGAUAGUGGUGAUGUUGGUAGUGUUGUUCGUGCUUUGAUCGGUCCUAAGGGAGAGCCUGGAUUGGAUGGUUCGAACGGCACGAAAGGAGAGAAAGGCGAUCCAGGAGAGAAGGGAAAUACGGGUCCUAAGGGUGAUGUUGGUGCAGAAGGUGAUUUUGGUCCUCAAGGCAUGAAGGGUGAGCCAGGAAACGGAAUUAUGAUGAAAGGAGAUCCAGGACCUAUGGGUCCGGUCGGACCACCAGGAGAACCCGGAGUAAAUGGAACGGAAGGAGCCAAAGGUGAUCUUGGCCCUGUCGGUGCAAUCGGUGAGAAAGGCAGUCCAGGACCACCAGGCAACAUGGGACCACAAGGUCUACGGGGUCCACCUGGACUGAAAGGAUCCCCAGGGCCAAUGGGACCGGAAGGUGAAAUAGGAUUUGACGGAUUGCCAGGACCGAAAGGAGAGCCGGGAGACACGGGUAGCCCUGGUUCGCAGGGUGUAAACGGUACGAAGGGAGAAGAAGGAGUAGGAAUGCCGGGGUUGGAUGGAGCUCCAGGAGAUGUUGGAGAUAAAGGAGACAAAGGUGAAGCUGGACCUUCUGGACCGAAGGGUGACAUUGGUGCCCCUGGUGAACGAGGACCACAAGGUGUGCAAGGGAAUGUUGGUGAGAAAGGGGAUGUGGGAGAACAAGGAGAAAAGGGUGAAAACGGUGCAGAUGGACUCCCUGGGUUUGAUGGUCUGCCUGGACUUAGAGGAGGUAAGGGCGAGCCGGGACUGACAGGAAGGGAAGGUGAUGACGGAGCUAAGGGAGAGAAGGGAGAGCGUGGCAGCCGAGGAUUUAAAGGAGACACGGGCGAUGAAGGACCUCCUGGGCCACUACCUCCACCAGCUGAAAAAGGUGACAAAGGAUCUCCUGGUGAAACUGGCAUUAUGGGUAACCCAGGAAAUGAUGGACUUGAUGGUCAGCCUGGUCAGCCAGGAGGAGAAGGCCCUCGUGGAGCAAAGGGUGACAAAGGUAACGAAGGAAGGAUAGGUGAAAAGGGUAACAAGGGAGAGCUUGGUCCAAAGGGAGGUCAGGGCUCUCCUGGGUUUGACGGGUUGCCAGGCAAUAAAGGCAGUAAAGGUGGCACGGGUGAUCCUGGUCCAGCUGGACCUCAAGGCAAUCCAGGAGAUGACGGACCUAAAGGUGAUGAGGGUGGACGAGGAGAGAAAGGAGAUAAAGGAGCAGUUGGAGAGCAAGGAAUUGAUGGUCCAACAGGUCCAGAUGGUCCACCGGGACCUCCAGGGGAUGCGGGUCCACCAGGACCAAAAGGAUCGCGAGGAAAUCGAGGUUUUAAAGGCUCAAAAGGAAACACAGGAGAGAAGGGAGAGAAGGGAGAGAGCCAAGAUGGACCUGAAGGACCACCAGGCAAUAAGGGUGAGCGUGGCCCAAGCGGAUCAUCCAUACGAGGUGUGAAAGGCGACAAAGGUGAACAAGGAUCAAAAGGAAGCGACGGACUGAAAGGAAAUGAAGGAGAAAUAGGACCUCCAGGAGGCAUUGGUGACAUAGGAAUGAAGGGCGAAAUCGGGCCUCAAGGUCAACGAGGUCCAAAGGGCAACAAAGGAAACAUGGGCUUGAUAGGAAUACAAGGCGUGAAGGGAGACACAGGAGAUAAAGGUGAUGAAGGAAGUCCAGGACGUGAUGGAGAGAUGGGAUUUACAGGGAUGAAAGGAGAACUAGGGUUGACAGGUGGAAAAGGAGAUGAAGGAGGUGUUGGUGAACCUGGGGUGCGAGGAUUCAAGGGAGACAAGGGAGUUAUGGGUGACAUGGGAGAGAAGGGAGAUAUGGGACUAAUGGGUGGAAAGGGUGCGAAAGGAGAUGAAGGCCCACCAGGUGGCAGAGGCCCUAAAGGAAACCGAGGCAGCAAGGGUGACAAAGGCAACAAAGGCACGAUAGGAAUUAAAGGCAUCGACGGGCCUGAGGGUCCUAAAGGCAACAACGGAUCUAAAGGCGAUCAAGGCCCAGAUGGACCUCCCGGUCGUCGAGGCAUGAAAGGAGACAAGGGGGUAAUGGGAAAUAUCGGCGAAAAGGGAAUUAAAGGUGAUAUUGGACUGCCCGGGGGUCGAGGAGAACCAGGCCGAGAUGGUAACGAUGGUCUGAAAGGAGAAAGGGGCGAGAAAGGCCUGAAAGGGGACAUGGGAGCUAAGGGGGAUAAGGGAAUGACGGGGCCGAAGGGAGACAGAGGUGAAGACGGAGUUGAUGGAGAGAUGGGACCUAAAGGCAAUGAGGGUGACAAAGGCAUGAAAGGUGAAAGCGGACUACAAGGACCACCAGGACCAUCAGGACGUAAUGGAUCUCGUGGCGACAAGGGUGAACCUGGUGAUAAAGGGACCAGAGGCAGGAAAGGUGACACAGGCAAAGAAGGUGUUAAAGGUUCACGUGGUCCAGAAGGUGCUAAGGGUGUGGAUGGUGGAGAUGGACCCCCUGGACAACAGGGGCUCCCGGGAAUGGACGGUGGUAGGGGGGAGAAAGGAGAUAAAGGCAACGAUGGAGCAAAUGGCACAAAAGGAGAGAACGGUGAAGUGGGACUGAAAGGCAAUAGAGGCACUAUGGGAGACAAAGGGCAGCGAGGUCGAAAAGGCGAUGAGGGAGAUGAAGGAGACGAAGGACAGAAUGGUGAUCGAGGCCCAAAGGGAGAACCUGGUAAUAUAGGCGAUGGAGGUAUGAAAGGUGAUCAAGGCCUAAAAGGAUCCGACGGCCCUAAAGGUAACCCAGGAUCGUCACGAGCUGGAUGGCUUCUAACACGACACAGUCAAACUGCAAGGUUACCUGAAUGCCCUGAGAACUACACACGCCUCUACUAUGGAUACAGUUUCUUGCAGUCACAUGGAAACGGCUACGGUCGAGCUCAGGAUUUGGGAAAACCGGGAUCGUGCUUGAAAUUCUUUAACACAAUGCCGUACAUGCACUGCUCAAGUAGUGAUACUUGUCACAUAGCAGGAGGAAGUGACAGCAGCUACUGGCUCACAACUGAUGCUCCAAUGCCAAUGAGCAACGUUAAAAACAGCGACAUCGAUCGAUACAUCAGUCGUUGCGUUGUGUGCGAAGGAGCAUCCAGAGUCUUAGCAGUACACGCUCAGACAGGCAGCACACCUGAUUGCCCAUCUGGAUGGGGCAGUCUCUGGGACGGCUACAGCUACGUGGCGCAAACGAACAAUGGAGCCGAAGGUGGUGGACAGUCGCUCUCAUCCGCUGGAUCAUGUCUGGAAAACUUCAGGAUUGUGCCAUUCAUUGAAUGCCUAUCGCGAGGCGAAUGUCGUUACUCGCCACCUGGUCUCAGCUUUUGGCUCACGACCAUCGACACAGUAGACCAAUUCCGGCAACCGAACGACGAGACGUUAAAAGGACCAAUUGACUCAAUACGACGUGUUAGUCGAUGCCGCGUGUGCUACAGACAUAGCAGCACACUUGGUUUCUGAGUUUCCGAUUCAGCUGGUUUGUACAGAAGCCUGCUGUGUUAGUUUGCACAGACGUCGGUCUUGAGACUUGUAGUAGCAUAUAGAUAUCAACUGACUGACAUUGGGAGGAUGCAUGACUCCCGUGGAUUGCACUGAGAUGUAGGACAUUAAAGAAAGACACUACUAAGUAAUUGUGAUGUAGAUUUAGUGUUUCGAGCAUAUUGUGCUCUUCCAAGAGACUAGUGAUAUAUGUA